CAAAAUCCACAGGACUACCAAGAUAAGUGAUGGAGAGCUUGACGUUGCUAUUUUUAAUGCCGUAUCGAAGGUUGGUCCGACAUACGGAAGAAAAAUGAUAAAAGGGAAGCUAGAAGUGGAAAAUAUAAGAGUUCACGACAAACGGAUUUCUGCAUCUUUAGCAAGAGUAACACCGGGCUAUCAGCAGCUUAGAAGGCAAAACACUGCAAGACAAGUCAAUCCUUUACCCUAUAAUGCUCAUUAUUUUGGGCACAAAGUUCAUUACGAUCAAAAUGAGAAGCUGGUGAUGUAUGGCUGUACCAGCGUGAUGGCUGUAGAUGGGUAUAGCAACACCAUUUUAGGAAUUGCAACAAUGCCAAUAAAAAACAACCUAGAGAUAUACCGAUGUCUUUAUAGGCCUAUCACCAUUCAGUAUGGCCUUUGGGACCAAUUACGAGUAGAUUGUGGGAAAGAAUUCUACUUGAUACUUUAUAUUCAAGAAAACUUGGCUAACUUUCGGUACAACACAUUGAGAGCACCAUAUAUACAAACUACAUCAACAAUGAAUCACAUUGUUGAAAGGAAAUGGGUGRAGAUGAACAGUAGGGUUAAUUAUCCCAUCAAAGCUCAACUCAACAAAAUGGUUGAAGAGGAGUUGAUUGAUAUGAGGAAUGAUAUUGACAAGUUCUGUGUAUCAUGGAUUACAAUGCAAGUUGUUCAGGCUGGUGUGAAAGAAUUAAUUGCUUCAUGGAACCAUCACAGUAUUCCAGGUAGUUAUCUGAUAUUUGAAAAUAAAAAUUUAUAUGAAUACCACAUGAGCAAAUUACUACACAGUCAGUUUUCAUUUGUGAAAUGGAUGAAAAAAAUCCCAUAACAAAAC